AUCGCAGUUGUGAGUCCAGCACACAGUCGAAGACGACGACGACGACGACGACGACAAAGACCUCCCAUACUGUCCAGUAAGGCGAAGCUGUGUUGGCGUGCUCUUGAAGGCAGAGUCUGGGCAUUACACGCAAUUCAUCGAACACCGACUAGUUGUACUCAGGUAUCAUGGAACGCCUAUGUGAUGAAGUUAUUCAAUUGAUAUUCUACGAACUCAACGAUCCAUCCGCCUUGAUUAUCACAUCAAAGAGAUUUUAUCAACUUUCGCAAGAUCCCUAUGUCCGCGCUCACUAUUUUCUCAACCGCUAUGGCCACAUCCAAGCUAUGUUCUGGGCUCUAGGGAGGGGAAGAGUUGUCAAUGAAAGAGUAAUCAAUAUUCUCAUCACUAGCGGGGCCUCCAUAUCUCGAUAUCUUGUGCAAGUUGCUAUGCAUCAUUAUUUCCGCACAUCAAGCCAUUUCAUUAAGACCACAUGGGUUCGCUCAGUUCCGCUUCCAGUGUUUUCAUAUUUUAUGAAAGUUACUUCGGACAUGUAUGGCAAUAUUCCAGUCGGAAAGGGGGAAGAUGAUGGGUCUAUAUUCUCAUCAUUCUUGAAAGAAAGCAGGUUCCCUCCUGAUAUGAAGAGCGUAAAAUGGGAGGAAAUAAGAGACAUUCUACAGAUGUAUAAAUUCAUUCCGUUUUGUAUUAAGGACCCCAUCAUGGCACAAUUUCCUAUAGCACUAGCAAUAGAGCCCCGCCUACUUCCACUUGCAAGAGCCAAUGGGUUUGACAUGGACCCUAAGUAUCGCGAUUUUGUGUUCCGCAAAAUUUUCGAAAGGCCUGCCGUAAACAGCGAGGGUAGAAUGGAGGAUAUAAUUCGCAACGUUCGUGAAUUACGACGGCUAGAUCCAAGGAUGUUCCUUAGUCGAACAGUUGCAGCCGAAAUAUGUAUGGAAGCAAAGAGUAACGAGCCAUCCUACAUUGCCCUUAGGAGAUUGGACCGUGCAGGAGAGCUACUGUUUGAACUAUCCACACUUGUAGAGGACUUGAUCAAGCUAUUCGUUAAGACGCGCAGCAUAACGUCGGUUCACACUAUUCCAGUACUUCGCCAACUUUAUACCGACUUCCCAAGCACAGAUCCCACCGUUCGCUUGGUACUGCUCCUUACUGUCUUUCUCUCUGAUACCUGUCUUGCACAUACUACUCCAACGACACUGAGAAGUAAACUCGAGCCUCUGGGUUUAAUUCCUCUCACGAAGGCCGACGUAUUUAAUGUCUUGACAAAUCCAUUUGUGGAGAAGCAUGGUCCUAUCCUAGACUUUGCGAAGGAAGAAAUUGGGUUGAGCGACAAAGAUUUCAAAGAGUUAGUCCAAGAAGUUGCAGUCAAGUGCCUUGAAGUAGGCUGUAAGGGCAAAAUGCUGAAGAGGUUGCAUGAUAAUUACCCUUUUCUCAAUCGACUUCUCGCUGAAGUUGUUGUACAACGCUAUCAGCUAAAUCCAGAUGAUUUACCCCCUCACGAGGAUGAGAAGGCGUGUUCAGUAUACCAAGCAAAGCUUUGCCGUGACUAUGUAAACCUCAAAGUACCUGAAGACGCUAAUGUCGUUUCUUCAAGUGGAGAACCUGUCGCUGAGGUAACUCUGCUGCCUGAUGGCUCUACAAACGUAGAUGAUGAGGUGGUGCUAGACGUACCGGAAGACGAUGAUGCUAUGGCUGUAGAUGAAAUUUUUGACGGAGGCGAGCCAGUAGUAGGCGAAUACCCUGAACUUGGACGUAUCGGACAAGACACCUUAUCAACUAUGAUAAGACAAGAUGAACUGGCACCAAAUCGCUCUCGUGGCAGAAGGUCAUUUUACAAUUACCCCUAUUAUGCGGACCAUGCGGGGAAACUGCAGUAUCCUUCAGACCCAAUGCAAGUCGGCCGCUGGAUCAAGGAUCGCUAUCAUGUUCGCAGCCGCGUGAUGGCUAUAUUCAUGACCCAUGCAGUCGUCAAUGAUAAUACUGGCAUUUUACAGACGUACCUCACUCAUGCAAAUGGUAGUUACUUAUCCACGACACCCCAGUCAUGUCAUGUUCCAGUGACAUUGAAACACUUCAAACUUCUCGCACGCCUGGGGAAAGCACCUAGCUAUCUACUCUAUCACGACAUCGAAACUGGCGCUGAAUUUUUCUUCAGCGAAGAGGAUUAUCUGUCUAAACAGACUGAAUUGGAAGCAAAGAAAUCGAGUCAUCAGAGGUCUAGAAUCAAGGCAGAAGUUAAGACAGAAGGAUCACCCCCUAGUAUCCCGUCGUCGGCUGCGCAAGCGGGGCCGCCUAAAGCAGCAUCUCCACGUCCACAGAAGAAAAGGCCUCGUCGUUCGGCAGCCGCAUCUGUCCGAUCUUAUGCUAUCCCGGACUCGGACGACGAAGCAAUUGCUGAAGAGGAUGACGACACUGUUGAAAAUGCUUUGAUGACCCUGCAAGCGAAGAAAAGAAAGGUCGAAUCGAAUCUUCAGCGCUGGAUUAAGCAUUUGGCUGUUCUUCUGAAAGAUGAACAACGAAAGUAUAAGGAGAAGAAGAAGCGUUUGGAGAAGUGCGCGCCUCCGGAUGGAAAACUUCGAGUAGCCAAAAACGAGUUUUUCAAGUCAGUGGCUGCUCACCUUCGAACAUUGCGGAAAUUAGAUCAGGAAAAACGUAAACAGCUUUAUGGCCCUGAUGCUGGGGAAGAAGACUAUACCGAAGAUGACGAUGACGACGAUUAUCAAUAUCGGACGAGCAAAAGACGCAGAACAAUGAACUGACUUUCAGAGGAACAAUAUUAAUACUUUACUUAUUUGACCAUUCUCACAUCCCACUAGCAUCAUUCCACCACAUACUAUUCUACAUCUUCGAUUAGGAAUGUGUAAUCCCUAGCUUCAUUUGUGAAAUACACGUGUAAUGUCUGAAUCAAAUUCUAGUUUUGUACUCAUAACAUUACAGCUGAUAUCUAUAAUGAAUCGACCGGUCCCCAAGUCUCAACUUUUCGUCAUCGGACUCGCAGACCUUGUCCUCGCUGAGGAUAUGAUCCCUCCUGGCAUUCUCCCGUGACAUACACAACCAUAGAUAAGCUGUGACUACAAUCGCAAAAGCAAUGUAUCCAAUGGCAAUAAUGUUGGGCAUCCGGUAUAAGUGACCAGCAAAAUUGGGCCUGUAAAUCAAAACACCUGCAAUGGCUCCUAUAUCCCCAAUAGUGAUCUGCAUGGCCACAGCAACAGCUCUUUUCGUCUGUCCUGCAACAUUUUCGCCUGGCCAGCUUAGCACCAAGGAAUUAGCCGUAUACACGCCCGC